AUGACCGCCAAAGAUGAUCAAGGCAACAUCGGCCUUGUCGACAACACAGCCCCCUCUGAAUCACUUACCAGAGAAGCCACACCAACAAUCUCCAAUCCAAGCUUGCCGUCAAUAGCAAGGCGCAUCACCAAAGGAUCCGUCAAGAGCGGUUUCGCACAGCGGAAAUACAACAAAUGGCAGCGAAAAAGAGUCGACAACAUACUGGAUGACACCAGUUUUGUGCGGAAUUCGACUCGCUACUCCUUGACGGAUACCCAAACUGACAGCAGGACUGAAGAUUCGAGACAAAGUGCCAAUAAUAAUACCAAUAAUAAUAUGGACUUGCUGAAAAUCGUGCCAACACAGACUACUCGCUCUGUAGAUCCAGAGAGCUUGGCAGCGGCAGACUCGACACCAGCGUCGGAGCUGGACGUUUUGUAUGAGAAUCAAAGGGGGUCGUUCUUCUUUGGGAUACCUUUUUACUCGCACCGCUCGCUUCUUCAGUUUGAUCCGUCUGCUUGGGUAAACAAGGAGUAUAGUUACAGCCCCGUUGAUAUAACGAAUGCGCAAGUGCCCGACCCGAGCUGGGAAUGGGCCUGGCAGUCGUGGUUCGUGGACAUGUCCAACGACGUCGACGAAGAAGGGUGGCAGUACUCGUUCGCCUUUGGAUUAAAGUGCGGCUGGCACGGCACGCACCCAUGGUUCCAUUCAUAUGUGCGACGAAGGCGCUGGGUCAGGCUGAGAACUAAGAAGAGACAUUUCCGAGGGAGAAAUGUAGCGGCAGCGGCAGGAGGACAAACAGUCAUGGAGCUGGCCCACAAGCUGAAUGAAGACUACUUUACUAUUCAUUCUCAGAACAUCGCCAGUCAGGAUCCCAGCCUGGCAGAUCCAAAUGCUGCUCUACUAGUUAAAGCUAGGCACAGCGCUGGCGCUUUGCCGGGGGAUUAUUCAUUGGUUGAGGAAGUGGAAGACAUCCCGAAGUUACUACAAGCUCUCAAGGACGCAAUCAUAGAUCGAGAAAGGGUGGAUAUUCUAAGGAAGUUCUUGGCCCAAGGCGGAGAAGAGCUUUUUUAUCUUGAAGACAGGGUCCCUGAAAUCCUUUCAAUAUUUGUUUUCCAAACAUCACGCUGGCAGUUUAUGAAACUUUUACAAGAUGGUGUCGACGAAGCGUCCCAAGACGAGCCGCAAGAGGAUGUUGACGACAAGGAGAUUGAAGCAAAACGCCGACGGCGGAACAAUCUGUCCAGAGCUAUAGAUGCUGUCAACAAGGAAAUAUCGGACUAUGAUGUGUUUGAUGUCACCAAGGAAGAGCAUAUGCAUGCUAAAUGCCCCGAGUCAUAUCAUUCAUCCAAGACAUCGUCUGACAAGGGCAAGGCCAAAGCAAGCCAGCUGGGAGAGAUCCGAGCUCUAAGACCAAGACAGCUAGAUCUAGACACGCGCCACGCAUGCUGCUCUUCCUCUUUCUUCUAUCGGCUCCUCAUGAUUACCCGCGGCAGCAGACACUGUCUUGGAAAUGGUAAACUUUCAGCCUUUGUGGACAAUAUCGUUGUUCCAGCAGCAGCAGCAGCACCGAACGAACCUCUGCAUUUCCUCUGCCCUCGCUGGCAUCAGCCCAACAUACGACAAGCUCAUUGUUCUGCUGCUCUCCGGCCAUCUUCGAGUCGUUUGAAGCUGCAAAACUCUCAUGACAGAUUUUCCCCGUGCUGCAAAUCAACACGUUUAUUAUCGACACAAUCCGGAAGCAACCCGGUGCAGAGAGAAACCGAAACAGAGAACCCGAGUGCGACUACCGAGCCUCAACAUGGCCCCGUGAACAGCCCAAAGACGAGCUCGCCUACGGGCGACAGCGAAGCCCAAUCAAACCAUAACCAAGAUGCGCCGGAGAACCGGCCGACGAGACCAUUCCGCAAACCCGAACUUACGCAAUCACAAAAGAAGCUAAACGUGGCCAAACGAGUGCGAGACGCAGAGGAGAAAAGACUCGAAAACAGACCAUACAAAGAGCGGAUGAAGGUGGCUUACCGGAAACAUGUUCAAACCUACCGUCGGCUCAACGGGCAGCCCAUGAAUGCGCCGCACUGGACAGAGAUUAUGGCGCUGCUCGAAGAGAUGUAUGCGAAAAUACCCAAGGAGUCAGGCCAGACGAACCGCAAGGAAAUCUUUGUGCGCGAGGAGACCGUUGCGCAUCUCUGCGGAAUGCCAAUGUCGGACGAGAAUAUAUGGGAUGUCAGUGCUCGGAAUGGUUGUCGUAUUCGAGUAUUGGAUCUGAGUGAGAGUGAAGGCAUGUACCGGCGAGUCGUGAUAUCCGGGUCCACGCGAGCCCUCGAGCUGGUGGAAAAACGAAUACGUCAGAUCGAACACGGCCAGGAAGGGGAAAAACAAAAACAUAACCCCAAAAAGUUGCUUGGGAUAGAUAGGCCGCCUAUGCCUAUUAUCCCAUCAAUGCUCGCAUUGCAUGAGAAAGGUGUCGCCGUGCCUUUUAUCCGCUGCGUCUGGGAUGAUGUGGACUCUGUUGGACUCGAAUCUCCUAAGGAGUUGGAUCCAGCUUGGAAGGUACCGGCGUAUAGUGUCCCUGGUUUCACAUGGUAUGUCGACCAAUUGAUCCGCAGACAGUCGUCAGAAAAUACGAUUGACGUGGAGAGAUCACUUGUGACCCUGUUCAAGCGGCCAGAGCUCAAGCCUUAUUUUUCUACUGGCGCAUUGAACCUGGCCCUCGAGUAUCUGUGCAGCCAUGAACACUUGUCCUCGGCCCGUCUCAUAUUCAACCAAAGUUUGACUGUGGCUACAACGGAAUCUUAUAACAUCUUUCUUCGGUCGACUGCCCGGCGGCAGGAUCUCAACUUCUUGAAGACACUUCUCGAAAGGAUGCAGACGCUCGGGGUUCGGCCAAAUGGACAGACUUGGAUUGCUUUCUUGCAGUGUCUUAUUUCACCCAGCCCGCGGCACCAAGUGAUGGUGCGCAUGAGAGAAUUGGGACUCUUGACGGACCGGAGAGUCCUGUACGAUGUGAUGGAGUAUAACAUCGACAUCAUGCUUACGGCCCAUUUUCGAGAUGGCGGUGAUGUCUCCUCUUUCCUCGAAUCUCUACAGAAGAAAUAUGGCGAUACGGCCGUCUCAAUCAAACUGCUCAACUUGAUCCUGAUGGAACUCGCCCCAGCUGGAGAAAGCAGCCGACUAAUGGAGGUUUUUGGCGCUUUCAAACGGUACCAAUUCACCCCGUCCAACAGCACCAUUGACUUGGCCUUUUUAUUUUUCCGUUCAUUCUACGUAGCCAUGCCAGCUCUGAGCGAAGUUCUCCACACUUAUGAAUUCUUUUUGUCUUCCUCAAACUAUGAAAAGAUGUUCAUUCUCGCCCUCCGGUCCAAGUCAUACAACGCAUGUCGGGUCCUUUGGGCAUAUGCAUGCAUGAGAGACAAGACCACCCCACUGAUGAGACACAUUGUGCGACUCUCCCUGAAGAACCAUGCUGUCGACCAACCGCUCAACACCAAGAAGCUAAACUCGUACCUCGGAGCACUUGUGGUCGGACUGAGGUACCGGGAAAAGGACAUAAAUCAUUCCGAACACAUGCAGGCCAUGGUACCUCCUCCGCACGCAGAAACCCCGGUGGUGUACGCGACAACGCAUAUGGAAGCGUCCAACGUGGAUAGAUUAAGGCUGAUCAAGCGCUUGGUCCUCGACGACAAUAUAUAUGGCAAGACUCGUGAGCCCGUCGAGGGACUUUUUCUCAUGUUGGAGGCGGCUAUCAGACUCGACCGGGAAACCCCUUGGUUCAGAACCGGGGGAAAUGACAUGCACGGACGCCCGUUGCCUGAGAUUCUCGGUCUGAUGAUGGAUGUCCCUUGUCGGGAAAAACCAACCAAAAGUCGCAAAGAGGGGGAGGAAAAGAAAGGGGAAGAAGAAAAAGGCGAAGCCGAGGUGUUGUCGCCUGUUCUACCCAGCACAUAA